CUGUUUGUAAGCACCGCUCGCAGCUUAUGAAAUGUAAGUGAAACACUUCUGAGCAUAAUGCAUGUCAUGUAGAGCUGAUCCGAGCCACGGAGAUCAAACCGGAAGUGCCGCUGAUUGGUUGUUGUUGUUGCCAUGGUGAUUGUGUAUACAAGCUCCGAACAGUUUCACUCAGAGUUGAGAGGAAAAAGUAACCAGCAAUUGCAAUGUCCCAACAAGUGUCUUCCAUGAAUAGAAAAAACCUACAGAAGCAGGCGGACGCCCUGAGCCGACUCAUCAAGCACUUUAGUAAGAAUGAAGUGGAGAGCCUCAUCCGCCUUUAUCAUACUUUGGUGGGACGACCCAUUGAUCCUAAUACAAGGCGUGGCAUUGACCGAAACACUUUCAGAAAUAUCCUGCACAAUACAUUUGGCAUGACAGAUGAUAUGAUCAUGGACAGAGUGUUUCGAGGAUUUGACAAAGAUAAUGACAGCUACAUCAGUGUUACAGAAUGGGUGGAAGGCCUGUCCGUAUUUUUACGUGGGACUCUAGAAGAAAGGAUAAAAUAUUGUUUUGGUGUUUAUGACCUGAAUGGUGAUGGCUAUAUCUCCAGAGAAGAGAUGUUCCACAUGUUAAAGAACAGCCUACUGAAGCAGCCAAGUGAGGAAGAUCCUGAUGAAGGUGUAAAGGACUUGGUUGAAAUAGCAUUAAAAAAGAUGGAUUAUGACCACGACAGCAAAUUGUCCUAUAUGGAUUUUGAAAAGGCUGUACAAGAAGAAAAUCUUCUGCUAGAAGCAUUUGGGCCUUGUCUUCCAGAUAGCAAAUGCAUUAUGGCCUUUGAAAAACAAGCUUUUACAGAGAUCAAUGAUAUAUAGAAAUGAUGUGCAAAUAGUACUGCAAUCACCUUGACUACGUACGGGAAUGAAUAGAGCUGGUCCAUCAGAACUGGAAAUGAUCUGUACAGUGUACAACACAUUCUCUGAUACAAGCAUCCCACAAUUUACUAAAGUCUGUAAAAAAGGAACAUGUAUGUCCAAUCUGCAUCUGUGGUUGGACAGACUUCAGCUGUCUGAAUAUUACAUAAGCUGGGGGGGCUGCACUGAAAUCCAGUGACCACUCACACUUGUAAGACUGUAUUCAGUUUAUAAACUUUUAAUGACAUAUUAAAGUGGACCUGUCACCCAGACAUUAAAAGCUGUAUAAUAAAAGCCCUUUUCAAAUUAAA